AGUUUGCAGCAUAGUUUGGAGGGAGAUGAAUCAUGAUUGCACUUUAUCAAAUAGUAUCUUCCACCGAUGACCCACAAGGUUUAUCUAAUCUACUGUUUUGGAUCUGGGCUUUUGAGAGGAAGAGGUGUUUGUUGAGCCACGUUGGUAGUUUGGAAUAAAGCGGGAGGAUAAAGAAGAUGGUAAUGCCUAAAGUAGAAAGAGUGGUCUCUCUUUGCUCUCGGGAGGCAAAAAAAUAGUAAUAUAAUACGGGACUUGAGAAAAUUAAAAAAUAAAUGUAUAAUCUUUUUUUGUUUAUUUUUCUGGGUUUUUAAUUUACAAACGGUCUGUGUUUUUUGUGGGGAGAUUUUGUUUGUUUUCUUGUUGAGAAAAUAUUGGGGAAUUUAUAAGGCUGUGGAGGUUUCGUCUGAGUAGUGCCGCUUCAAAAAAGUUGUGCUGUUUCUCUUCUGGUUGGCCUAGCAGAACACAGAACACACAACUCCAUUUUCAUGGUGAUACUGCUGGGAAUCUGUUAUUUGUUUGUGAAGUCAAGAACUUGCUGUGCUUGAUGAGAGACUCGAUUUUCGCUGUAUCUAUUUGCGCCGCAGAAUGAGCUUCUGAUUCAAGAUGGUGGAAGUGAGAGAGUGCAUUAGAAGUCGGAGAACUCCUCCGUGUAUUGGAUGUGUGUGUUCUGGCAUUCAUGCUGCUAUAGGCGGAUAACAAUGGAAGGCUCAUCCGAGUCUGCUGGGCAGAAUUCUGAUAGCUCUAGAGGGUUGAAUACUUCCAGAGUCUCAAACCGGAAUCCAAGGGUUCAUCGGGCUGGACGGUUUGGCUCGUCGGCUGAGGCAUUUCAGGAUUCGGAUUUGAGAAAGGAGAGAGAUAGUGUUGUGGUGGCACACACUGAUGACCUUACAAACCAGGGUGGAUUGUCCGGGGUUUGUGAGGAUGAGGUGGCGGUUGACCGUUUUGUCCGAGCUAUUGAAUGGGGUGAUGUUAGCUUGAGGCAGUGGUUGGAUAAACCGGAUCGAUCUGUUGAUGUAUUUGAAUGCUUGCAUGUAUUUAGGCAAAUAGUGGAAAUUGUUAAUGUAGCACAUUCGCAAGGGAUUGUUGUUCAUAAUGUGCGACCUUCAUGUUUCGUCAUGUCAUCUUUCAACCACAUCUCCUUUAUCGAGUCUGCAUCUUGUUCAGAUUCUGGCACUGAUUCUCCCGAGGAUGAGUUAAACAGCCCAACUGAAGAAAUUAAGGAUUUUCACUCUCUCUUGCAUCGUAAUUUGCGUCAGCAACGAAGGAACUUAGGAAGAGAAAAAUUUCAGUCUAUGACAACUCCAAAUGCCUUGUCGGAAACGAGUUGCAUGCAGUCAAGUUCAAUCUAUGCAGCACGCGAAUCGUUGGUACAAGAGAGUGAAAAUGGAAUCAGAGACCGAAAUGUUGAACUAGAAGAUAAGAGACAACCAUUUCCAAUGAAACAUAUAUUGCUUAUGGAGACCAGUUGGUAUACUAGUCCAGAAGAGGUUUCUGCUGGAUCGAGUUCAUGUGCUUCAGACAUUUAUCGGUUAGGGGUUCUUCUUUUUGAGUUAUUCUGUCCACUCAGCUCAAGAGAAGAAAAGAGCAGGACAAUGUCUAGUCUGAGACAUCGAGUUCUUCCUCCUCAAUUGCUGCUGAAAUGGCCUAAAGAGGCUUCGUUUUGUUUAUGGCUACUGCACCCUGAGCCAAAUAGCCGGCCAAAAAUGUGUGAGUUGCAACAAAGUGAAUUCCUGAAUGAACCAAGAGUUGAUUUAGAAGAACGUGAAGCGGCAAUAGAGCUUAGAGAGAAAAUAGAGGAGCAGGAAUUAUUGCUGGAAUUCCUGCUGCUCAUACAACAAGGGAAACAGGAAUCUGCAGAUAAGUUGCAAAAUACUCUUUCGUUUCUGUGUUGUGAUAUUAACGAAGUUAUGAAGCACCAAAUAACUUCUAAGAAAAAGGGCAGUUCAAUCCCACAACUGGUGAAGGAAGAUGAUUCGACCUCAAGUUUCCCGUCUAUGAAUAUUAUUGACGAUGAUGAUUCUGCUAGUGGGUCCAGAAAAAGGUCCAGAACAGGCAUCUGGGUUCACAACGUAGAGGAAAGUGAUGAUAAUUUGGAUGGUCAGAAGACGGAUACUGAAAAUCAAGGUGUUCUCUCGAGAAGUUCUAGAUUGAUGAAGAACUUUAAAAAGCUAGAGGCGGCAUAUUUUUUAACGAGAUGGAGGCCCGUAAAGCAGUCAGCUAAACCGGCUAAACAUUCACCAAUAAGUAGUUCUGUUGUAACUGAAAGAAGUUCUGUCAAUAAUUUGCAAUCAAAAGAACAACAUAGUGGAGGUAGACGAAGUGGUUGGAUAGAUCCAUUUCUUGAGGGAUUGUGCAAGUAUCUGUCUUUCUCGAAAUUAAAAGUGAAGGCAGAUUUGAAGCAAGGGGAUCUUUUAAAUACUUCAAAUCUAGUAUGCUCACUUAGUUUUGAUCGUGAUGGAGAAUUUUUUGCUACAGCUGGUGUUAAUAAGAAAAUCAAAGUAUUUGAAUGUGACACAAUAACAAAUGAGGAUCGUGAUAUCCACUAUCCCGUGGUUGAAAUGGCUAGCAGGUCAAAGCUAAGCAGUAUAUGUUGGAAUAGUUAUAUCAAAAGCCAGAUUGCUUCAAGUAACUUUGAAGGUGUGGUGCAGGUAUGGGAUGUUACAAGAAGUCAAUUGUUUACGGAGAUGAGAGAACAUGAAAGGCGUGUAUGGUCCAUUGAUUUUUCAUCAGCAGACCCAACAAUGUUGGCUAGCGGGAGUGAUGAUGGUUCUGUAAAGCUAUGGAGUAUCAAUCAGGGAGUAAGUAUUGGUACAAUUAAAACAAAGGCGAAUGUCUGCUGCGUACAGUUUCCAUUGGACUCUAGUCGUUCCCUUGCCUUUGGUUCAGCGGAUCAUAAAAUUUACUACUAUGAUCUUCGUAACUCAAAGGUUCCUCUGUGCACAUUGAUCGGACACAACAAAACCGUGAGUUAUGUCAAAUUUGUGGAUGGGACAAAUCUCGUUUCUGCGUCCACUGACAAUACGGUGAAGCUUUGGGAUUUGUCAAUGUCCUCAUCUCGGGUCAUUGACACUCCAGUUCUAUCAUUCACCGGCCACACGAAUGUGAAGAACUUUGUGGGGUUGUCAGUUUCUGAUGGUUACAUUGCUACAGGCUCAGAGACUAAUGAGGUUUUCAUCUACCACAAGGCUUUUCCAAUGCCGGCAUUGUCAUACAAGUUUCAGAACACAGACUCACUUUCCGGCCAUGACACAGAUGAUGCUGCACAGUUUAUCUCUUCCGUUUGUUGGCGAGGCCAAACCUCCACCUUAAUUGCUGCAAAUUCGACGGGGAAUAUAAAAAUUUUGGAGAUGGUUUGAUGAUCUCCAAGGUGAUUCUUGAAUCUGGCAGGAUAUAUGGGGUGUUGAGGAGAAAAUGAGGUAAAAGAAUCUUAUGCCAGAGAAGCUUGUUAGCUCAUAUGGGCUUUAGGUCAUAGGAACUCAAUGUUUCCAAGCAACAUUGCAAAUUUUGGUAUUAGAUGAUUAGCGGGAUAAGUGGUUAAUGAGAAAAGUGAGAAUGUUCUUGUUCAAUUGCUAUGUGUAGAUAGAAAUUUAAAGGAAAUAGAAGGGUACAAAAAUUGGUAUUUCUGUGUAAUUUUUAAUACAAUUCAAAUCAAUUUAUAUAUCUAUAAUUUUCGAAUUCA